UCUGAGAUGCCACCCUUUAAUGCUGCCAUACUUGCUUUAUCUCUGCCUGCCAAAAGGCAGCUGGGUUGUGGCUCCCAAUCAUGACCAUGUGGUCAUAGUGAUCUAUAUUCUUUUUUUUUCCUUGGAAAAUUGGAAAUACCAGGUUUGCUGACAUAUUCCCAACAGACAUGGAACAACCACAUAAGGAUUACUGUAACUCUUUUAAAUUUUUAAAGAAGUUAGUCUCUUCAAGCUCUUCUUCAGAGAAGGGAAAGAACCUUGUCUGUGUCCUCAUCAACCCACACUGUGGCAGCCUCAUUAAUGCAGAUGGCCAUGGCGAAGUGUGGACAGAUUGGAAUGAUAUAUCAAAAUUUUUCCAAUAUGGAUGGAGAUGUUCCACUAAUGAAAAUUCCUAUUCAAACCGUACCCUGGUAGGCAACUGGAACCAAGAAAGAUAUGACAUAAGAAAUAUGGUACAGCCCAAACCUUUGCCUUCCCAGUUUGGACACUACUUUGAAACAACAUAUGAUACAAGCUACAACAGCAAAAUACCACUUUCAACCCAUAGAUUUAAGCGAGAGCCUCAUUGGUUCCCAGGACAUCAACCUGAACUGAAUUCCUCUCAAUACAAAUGCACAGAAAAGUCAAUUUACAUGACUGACUAUUCAAACCCUCAAAUCAAGCAUCACUAUCCGUGUGUAUGGAAUCCUAAUAUUGACCAGUUUCAGGGUCCAAAAUGCUAAGAAAGAAUAAGAACUUUCAUUUUUCUAGAAUAAAAUGUAAGAGGGAGUACAUUCUAAAACUCAGCUCACCCUAAUACGGUUUUACUCUUUGAUUAAAUAAAACACAAGACACAGAAAAUAUCCUCUUUUUUUCUUUUAAUUAUUUAAAUGUCAUUUAAGUUAAUUUUAUCUAUUUUUUGUUCUGUAUCAGAAGUGUUGUGGAAGGCAUUAAAAAUAGCUAUUUUCUUGGGCUAGGGCUGGGGCUCAGCAGUAGUGUACUUUCCUGGUGUGAUUGAGGCACUGGGUUCAAUUCUCAAUAUUGUAUGUAAAUAACUAAAAGUUUAUCAACAACUAAAAAAAAUUUUUUAAAUA